UCCUUCCCUGCUUCCUUCCAAACCAGCCACACCUCCAGCUCUGUCUUUGCAGCAACCAGCCCCACCUCCAUAUCUGCUGCAGCAACCAGCCCCACCUUCCUAUCUGCUCUCUCUCCGACCUGCAAGAAGAAGAGUUCGUAGACUAUCUGCUCUCUUCCACAGCCAGUGAGAACCUACUUACUGCUCCAGUGGCAAAGAAAGCAAGAAAAUUCGCUCCCCCAAAGUCAAUUAAAGAAGUAGAACUAGCAAGAAGGGAAACAAUACCGAAGAAAACACUCAUUGACAUCAAGUAUUGCAUGGGAAUUUGGAACGAAUGGAGGUACAACAGGCUAAUUUAUUAUGGCAUCCCUAUACCAGAAAUCGAAACGCUAAGCUCAACAGAGAUAGCAGACUACCUCUGCAAGUUUGUCCUCGAAAUUCGAAAGAAGAAUGGAGACGAAUUCCCUCCUAACUCGCUUCACCACAUACUGUGCGGAAUUCAGCGCUACUUGAGAAUCAAUGGAAAACCUUCAAUUGACUUCUUCAAGGACCCUGCAUUUGCUAACUUCAAGUUAAGUCUAGAUGCCGAGAUGAAACGACUGCAAAAACUGGGACUAGGAUCGAAGAAGAGACAAGCUGAACCACUGACAAUUGAAGAAGAAGAGCUUCUAUGGAGCACGGGUUUGCUUGGUUGUUCUAGUCCCCAGACGCUUGUUGACACCAUGGUUUUCAUGACGGGACUCUAUUUUGCUUUGAGAAGUGGAGACAAGCAUAGACAAUUACGAUUUGAGCCUUGUCAAAUUGAGCUUGUUGAGCGAUCAGGAGAACGACCACAUCUAGUCUACACCGAGGACAUUUCAAAGAAUCGGCCAGGUGGUAUCAAGGGGAGAAAAGUGAAGCCUAAAGUUGUUUUACACCACGCGAAUUUGGAGAAUCCUGAUAGGUGCUUUGUUCGUAUCUUCAAGUUGUACAACAGUCUGUGUCCCGAAAAUAGGCCGAAUAAUGCAUUCUAUCUGAAGCCACUCCAAAAGCCAAAGCCCGGAGCUCAUUGGUUUUCUGCAAAGCCUCUAGGGAGAAACACUCUGGAGGGAACUGUUGCAAGACUCUGCCGAGAGGCUGCCAUACCUGGAUUCAAGACAAACCAUUCACUUCGCGCAACUACUGCUACACGACUCUACCAAGCAGGCGUGGAUGAACAGCUGGUUAUGGAAUGAACAGGACAUCGUAGUUUGGAGGGAGUCCGUAGUUACAAGCGAACAUCCCAAAUACAGCAAGAGAAUCUGUCUGACAUCUUGAAUGGCUCCUCUCCAGCUUCAUCAACCGCUCUUGUACCAUUCUCAUCUGAGUUACAAACAGCACCAUCGACAUCUGCUUCAUCAACCGCUCUUGUACCACUCUCAUCUGAGCUACAACCAUCCACCCAAAAUAGUCGCUAUCAAGUUACUCAGUCAACUAAUAAUUGUUCAAUCAACGUUAACCAAGCUCAACCACCAGCUUUGAACUUUCAUUCAUGUACAGUAACCAUUAACUAUAAGUCAUAACUAUUACAACUUUAUUAUGUACUUCUAUUAUUAUUAUGUACUUUUAUUAUGGUUAUUAUCUUAUCUUGAUCAAAUCUUUGCUACAUGAUUUUCUAUUGAAGUACAUGAUUUUCUAUUGAAGUACAUGAUUUUCUAUUGAAGUACAUGAUUUUCUAAAUUGGAUAGAACAUUCCCUCUAACCAAUCAGAUUGCAGUAUUUAUGACAAACAUG